UGAAUAUUUCAGAGGUGAGGGAAAUUGUCAAGGAGGACCCAUCCUGUGAUUCCCUGGCAGUGUAUUUCAAGGAAAAAGGCUUUUUCAUCACAGAAAGAUAAAUCUUUAGGACGGUCGGUCCGAUUUUGCCAAGCUUGGUGUCAUCGAAUUCAGAAUUCCGUCUGCAUUCAUGUGACGAGGAGAGAUGAACAGAAGAAGAGAGCAAUGGAAAUGUAGCGCUGAAAAGCCCAACGACACCACAGUGACUGCUCGAAUCGCUGCCUGUCUGGCAGACAUCUCAGCCUGGAUGAAGGAACACCACAUUCAACUCAACUCAGCCAAGACCGAACUCCUUGUCUUUCCAGCCAACCCUGCUGUUGAACACAACAUCACCGUGCAGCUGGGUCCAACUACAGUUUCACCUUCCAAAACGCCCAACGACACCACAGUGACUGCUCGAAUCGCUGCCUGUCUGGCAGACAUCUCAGCCUGGAUGAAGGAACACCACAUUCAACUCAACUCAGCCAAGACCGAACUCCUUGUCUUUCCAGCCAACCCUGCUGUUGAACACAACAUCACCGUGCAGCUGGGUCCAACUACAGUUUCACCUUCCAAAACGCCCAACGACACCACAGUGACUGCUCGAAUCGCUGCCUGUCUGGCAGACAUCUCAGCCUGGAUGAAGGAACACCACAUUCAACUCAACUCAGCCAAGACCGAACUCCUUGUCUUUCCAGCCAACCCUGCUGUUGAACACAACAUCACCGUGCAGCUGGGUCCAACUACAGUUUCACCUUCCAAAACGGUCAGAAAUCUAGGGGUAACCAUUGAUGAUGAGCUAAAUUUCACUGACCACAUUUCAAAGACUGCAAGAUCAUGUAGAUUUACACUCGACAAUAUCAGGAAGAUAAGAUCCUUCCUCUCUGUACAUGCCACACAACUGCUCGUUCAGUCGCCUUGUCAUAACUAG